AUGAAGAGAGACAAAAGCUCUUCUGUUGUGUUAAGCAGCCUCGUUGUUCUGCUAAUUUUUUGUGCCGCAUUCUCCAUGAUGUCUGUUGAGGCCAGGAAAAGCCGUCACGCCAAGAAACCCAGAACGACGCCGCACAAGCUGAAGAAAGGAAGGAGUGAUUAUCGGAGGAACUUUCCGGCGCCGGCGCCGGCUCCGACACAACUUCCUCCCGGUAAUUGCUAUCCGCCGCCGUCCAACGUCUUCGAUAUCCUGUCUUUUGGAGCCAAAGGUGACGGCGUUUCCGAUGAUUCUAAGGCACUAGAAGCAGCAUGGGGAGCUGCGUGCAAGGUCUCUGGGGCAACUGUGCAGAUUCCUUCACAGUUUAGCUUUCUGAUCAACCCCAUAACCCUUCAAGGACCAUGCAUGCCAGACCUUGUUUUUCAGGUGGAUGGGAAUGUAGUGGCACCUCCAAAUGUAGGGUCAUGGCCAAAAUCAAGUAUAUUUCAAUGGAUAAAUUUCAAGUUGGUUCAUAGCUUCACCAUCCAAGGACCUGGCACCUUUGAUGGCCAAGGACCCAAUUGGUGGAAAUUCUCUCAAAUUGAUAAUCCCCAGGAGAAGAUGGCAUCCAAAGCUAUUCAUGUAAAUAUGAAACCUACGGCAUUGAGAUUUUAUGAGAGCUACAACGUGACAAUUCACGGCAUUUCAAUUGUAAAUAGUCCUCAAUGUCACUUAAAGUUCGACAACUCUAAAGGGGUAAACGUCCACAAUAUCACAAUUUCUGCGCCAGAAAAUAGUCCUAACACCGACGGCAUUCAUUUGCAGAAUACUCAAGACGUUGAAAUUCAUCAUUCCACCAUCGGCUCCGGUGAUGAUUGUGUGUCUAUACAAACUGGUUGCUCCAACGUUCAUGUCCAUCAUAUCAACUGCGGACCUGGUCAUGGAAUAAGUUUAGGGGGACUAGGGAAGGACAAAAGCGUGGCAUGUGUCUCAAACAUCCUCGUGGAAAGCGUGGUGAUGGAAAACACUCUAUACGGUGCAAGGAUCAAGACAUGGCAAGGCGGCAUCGGAUCCGUGAAGAACGUAUCAUUUUCCGACAUUCAAGUCUCCGACGUCAAAGUCCCCAUAAUGAUCGACCAAUACUACUGCGACAAGCAUGUGUGCAAGAACCAAACCGGCGCCGUGGCGAUUCAGGGCGUUAAGUUCGACCGGAUCGUCGGGACCUUCGCCGCCCAGCCGUUCCAUCUCGCCUGCAGUAACGCCGUCCCGUGCACCGACGUCCAUCUGGUCGGUAUUCAGUUGGAACCGUCGCCGGGAUACCGGGGAUUCCGUAACGGCCAGUGCUGGAACUCUUAUGGGAAAUCGCAGGGGCAGUUGUUUCCGGCGAGUAUGGAUUAUUGUCUCAGAAGUGGGAGCUUGUUGGUCAAGAGAAUAGCGAGGUCGCAUGAAAAUAUUUGCUUGUGAUGACCUUUGUCUACUGAGGGUUGAAGAGUC